UGGAAUCAUCUUUAGUAGCUGAUCAGCGGUCAGUAAAUGGAAACCCUGCCUUGCACCAUAGCCUCACUCAAGCUCUACACAGCUGAUUCCAGAUCAGCACUUCCAUAAAGCAGUGACGUGAAAACCAGGAAGCCCACUUUUUCAUUGACUAACUGCGGUCUACAUCUGUAGACGUUAACGGCGGAUGUACAUUUUGUUGUGGACAAUUUCACGUAUUUUUGUUUUAAAAAUUUCUGACGAGUUUGCCUUGUGAGACUUUAGCGAUGGACAAACUUCGUCGUGUUUUAAGCGGUCGAGAGGAAAAUGAAGAGUUGGGUCUCACUGCGCAGGUCAUUGAUGGCAGCACUCUCAGCUACAGCACCAGGGUGAAAUGGUUUGUCAUAUGCUUUGCUGGAGGCGUUCUGUGCUCCAUACUGGGCUCUGCGCUGCUUUUCCUUCCUAAUGGGAUCAAGCUUUUUGCUGUCUUCUACACAGUAGGAAAUAUUUCAGCUUUGGCCAGCACCUGUUUUCUGAUGGGACCAUUAAAACAGCUGAAGCGCAUGUUUGAAAAAACAAGAGUGAUAGCCACCAUUGUUAUGCUGCUCUGCCUCGUCUUAACUCUUUGUGCAGUGUUUUGGUGGCAUAGAAAAGGCUUGGCUAUCAUCUUCUGUGUUUUGCAGUUUUUGGCAAUGACUUGGUAUAGCAUCUCUUACAUUCCAUUUGCCAGGGAUGCAGUGAUCAAGUGCUUCACAACCUGCCUGAGUUGAAGCUCCAGAGUUCUUUUGAAGAUACUUCCCAAUUUACAAGCCACACAAAGUCUUUAUAAUGGUUUUCAAAAAAAAAAAAAAAGGGUUUACACACUUCUUCAAAUGUUGGCUAGUCUGCACUGCACACUGUAAAUUCUUGCUUGAUAACUAAUCAGAUAGUAACACCUACCAGUCUGUGGAGUUAGGAGCACCUUUUACUUGUAAUAUAUUUAAACUAAACCUAAGCUGUUCCUGUGUUUUCUGAGGAUUUUAUACCGUUUUUGUGCAGGGAAGUGGUUUAGACUCGGUUUUGGAAAAGCAGCUUAACAAAAGUGCCUUGGUGGUUAAAUAAAAUGAAGAAAAUGGUUUAUUAUUGCCAAACUUGUGUAUUUUCAUUUUAAAUGUGCUGGAUUUUUUAUUUGAGUUGAGGUGAAGCAUUGUAAUCUUAUGUCUUAUCUGUAAGUGACACAUAUCUAAGCUCUCAUAUAUAAUUGCUUGCUUAUGUGACCAUUUAAUUUGGUCCUCAGCUGUUGAGCUUCACUGGUGAUGCUCUGGGACCCACUUCCCCUUUGAGGAUUUCCUUUCUUUUCCAGCUAAUGAGAUUAAAAUCGCUGCUUUUGUGUCUGCUUUGAUCAUCUUAAGUGUGCAUUGAGACACAUGCACCCCCACACACAAUAAAUUACAUCAGAAAUG